AUGUCUCGCCAAUCGAUGGCGCCUCCGCGACCUCUGUCACUGACGGAGGAGUUGGAGAAAUUAGAACAAUCCAUUACGCUCACGCUUCAAGAGAUCGACCAGAACUUCAGCCAAGCCCAUCGGAUUGUCACUACAAGCAUUCUUCCUUGUGUUGAGCAGUACACAGAGCAUUCUCGGGACGUCUGGGAAGGCGCCAAGUUUUGGAAACAAUUCUUCGAAGCGAGCGCCAAUGUAUCUCUGUCCGGCUACGAGGAACGACCCAACGAGGGUGAUACACCACAGGAGCCCACUGCCACGGAGGAAGAGCUUUCUGCAGAUGUGACCCAGAGUACAGCCGACGAGGAACCCGACCAGACCUACGCGACGCCGUCAUCUAAGCGUCCGGAUAUGCAACAUGGUCAUGGCGAUGACAUCGAUCUGACCGAGCUCACCAUAUCCUCGCAUAGUACCCCGCGUGCACCAGCUCAGCAUACCGGCGAAGACGACAUUACCAUCUCAUCCAUCGAACAUUCUUCCGAUUACGAAAACCUGAGGAAGCAAAUCAACGAAGCCGAGGCACCUUUCGACAUGCCAGACUCAUCAACCCUCCCGUCUACCCCAGGCCGGCAAAGCUUCUUCCCUCAUGGCACCUCAUCGAGAACACCAAUGUCAUCUCCUUUCAUUCCACCCGCCUCAUCGGUAAAGUUCCAAUCCACGCCGGGUGACGCCCGAUACCAGAAGCCCUCGGAUCCGGUUCUCCAUCAGGUUCUUGACAAGACCUACCGAGUGCAAGCAACCCCUCUCGGCAAGGGAUUCAAGAACGUAGGCGGAGGUACAGCCACUCGCUCGCAGUUCAAUAUCACACCCAAGCCAGCCACAUCGACAUCACGAUUUGGCUAUGACAACUCACCGAUGUCCAGUCCAGAGCUCGAGAAGCCUCAGAUGCACUCGGAGGUUUUUUCAUCGCCCAUCAAGGGUGUCAAUACUCCUGGAACAAACCGCAAGCGGCGUACCAGUAGCAAUCGUACUCGCGGCACUCCGAAACCUGGUACAAGUGUUUUGACACCUGCGAAGCCUAACAUUCAUGACUCCGUUUGGGAUAGUGAUGACGAUCUUGACGACGAGGAUUUCGGGCCGAGUCCUCCCAAGACCAUGCAAUUCCAUAUUCCCCAGAGUAGGUUGAUGAAGACUCCAGGUAAGAAAUGUACUCCUGUCGCAACUUUCACUGAGAAGAGUGCUAAUCUCGUUCUUACUACAGCCAAGGAAGCUUCCAAGCGCAUCGUGACCGAUUUACUGGCUACGGCUGGAGCGGGUGACAUCACGGACGAGUUUGAUGAGGACCAGAGCCCGAGUGUCAUUCGACGUACGGAGCGUCUUGAGGAUGACACAUUUUAG